AUGACCUUCGAGGUUUUCGAUGACCUCCGUCUGUGGGCCGAUACUUUGCAGGACAAUCUUAUUUGCUCUAGGUUCUUUGCAAGUCUCUUCUCAGCUCCCAAGACCAGUCGUCUGCAUUCCUAUGUCCUCUCACCCACUGCUUUCUCCAAAACUAUGGGCGCUUCGGGAUCUGACCUCUUGGGAUCCACAGAACUUGCGCAAUCCCACUCCAUCACAUCAGUAUCCACCACUACCUCAUCCACCUAUUACACUUACUUCUCUAGUCUACUUUCCCGUGUCAUUCACUACCAUCGUCACAGUGGGAGCAGCAACGGCUUUCUCCACGUCACUGUGGAUCGAAUCCUUUUCGUCACCAUCUCUCAGGGUCGCAAACCUGCUCUUGUUGCCUCCUGGAACUUCACCAACGGUGAGAUCAGCGUCUACGGUACCGGUCGCAUCUCCGCCACAUCUGGAGAUUCGGAAAACAAAAUUUUUUACCUAAUGGAGGCAGCAGAUCGCUACGUCUUUGCUUGCGACAAGGCGAUUGAACUGAGCACCUGGAUUCAGCGUGUCACUCGACCUGCCUCCUACCUUUACGAACGUCGCUGGUUGUCUUCCGUAACUUCCCAGCUGGGCCAAGACCAGGCAAUACUUCCCAUGCCCUUCACUAGAAACAGUGAACGAAAGUUUUAUGACGCCAGUCCAAAGGAUACCUCUGAGAUUCGGAUGGAUGGUUCGCAGCAGGCGCCAAGUUGUUCACAAUACGAGCAAAAUGAUUCCCUGACCUCCGCCGGCCGGCCGGUGUUGCUACUACCCAUCGGUGUCAUUCAGAGGCUCCACAUGACCUCGUUCUCAGUCAACGCGAGCGUUCACUCCCUCAGUUUUAAGCAACACAAACGCGCGUAUCCGUCCAACAGCGCGUCUGCGAAAAGCAGGCGGCUGCGCGACUCCUCACUCGCUAGCCAACUUGCGGGCUCUCUCUCCUUCCUUGGUCUAGCGUUCGGUCUCGUCUCGCAUUCAGACCACACGUGCCGGUUCCUGGACGCGUUUCAUUCACAUUGCCCUCUACCCUCGCUCUCUGUGAUUAGAGGUAUUACCAUGAGUCAAAAAAGGAGUCUUCAGUUUUGCAGCUUGCAUCAUAUCUGCGUCUAUGGAGAUCCCACUGAAGAGCUUUUACCGUCGAUUAUCGCUGUUCGUUUUGACUACAAGAAGGAAGCUUCAUCCUUGGGCUCAUACCGAACUCGCAUGCGCUUCUUGAGUCACCCCACCGACCAGCCAGUCUUGUCAACCGGACAACUUCGCACCGUCCGACAGCAAGAUAGCUACGUGCUCCGCCACAGCUAUUCUAACGUAUCUACGGGUCACGAUACCCGCAAUCAGCAUCGUCAUCAUCACAUGUUGACGGAACGCCUCAGCUGCCGCGUGCACACCAGCGGUAGUGACGGAACCGACCAACAAGUCCCCAUUAUGGUUGCUCUAUCUCCUUUACCACUGGACUAUCUUCCUUGCUCCGCGGAGAGUGAGGCAAAACUGGAAGUGGAUGUGGAGGCAGGGGGCGAGGAGCACAAUGCUGCCAUCACCACUACCAGCGUCAGCAGCAAUAGAAGCGGCGCCACCUCGCCAUCACCUCCACCGCUCCCACUGUCUUUCCCAAACUCAGCACCAGUGGCGCCGCAUCGAUUUAUGCGCUCGCGACUGGCUAACAGCUGGUCCACCUCCCCCGGUCUGCUCUCCGCCUCAUCUUCUUCCCAAGGUGUUCGGAUGAUAGCGCCCUGUGCUCGCGCCUCUUCGGAGUGCCGCCACUGUGACAGCGGUGGUGGUCGAGGGCAGCAGUGGCAGCACGAAGUGCGCCAGCCAUUGCUGGUAGGUGUGACGUGUAGCGUUCCGUGGGACGCCGCAGCAACGGGUGAGAAACCGCGCACUGGUCGUCUCUACUUAUCUCGUGAGGAGAUUCAAGUGGCUGCUCUUAAGGCUGCUACCACUGUCCCCCUCUCCUCACUCCCCUCUGCUGGGCCUUUCUCCUGUUCCAGCUCAUUCUCCGGGCGGGACGAUGACGAUGACAUCGAUAAUUUGGCUACUUCUGGAGGGCACGAACAGACUUCGUUGAACUUUGCAGACGCAGCGUCGGCGACUCCGAGUCGCAGUUCACCAGCGCCCGCUUCUUUCCCUCUUCCUUCUGCUCCUCCAUCAGCACGAUAUUACGUCAACCUAGGGCCAGUUUCACCAUCAUCGCUUAGUGACGGCUCUUCUGUGCAUCGCUUGGCGACGAUGGCAACGGCAAUAGCCUCCGUCUCCGAGUGCACUUCCUCUGCUACGGAUUCCACCAUCGCUGCUUCUUCGUCGGCGAUUGAGUCGGUGUCCCCCUCGGCCAACUACCUCAGCUACACUCCUUACGUGCCCCUCUCGCGUCAACGCUCCAGUGGUAACGGUUGCGGCCGCGGUCGCAUUCGCACCUUCAGCAGUGGUCAGCCUUCCGUCAGGCGAAAUCCCCUACUGCUAACUCGUCAGGCAAUCUACGACAGAUCUCAGCAGUCUCCUCGUCUUCCUACACAGCCCCUCGGCAGCCUGCCUCGGACCACAUCCCAUACCGGGCUGAUCUCACCCCCCACCGACGUGUCUGACGCCUCCAAGUUGGCUAGUCUGCAGACACAGGGGCCGCACGGGCCACCCGGACAGCUCCGAGACGAUUCCGACAGCCCGGCGGUCCAUCAUUCCACUGAGGCUAUUUCCUUCUCUGAAGCAGUAGUGGUGAACCGUGGUGUCAGCAACGGCAGCAGCAGCACUGUCGGCGAGCCGCGGUCCAACUACGUAGCCAUCGAUGUUGUUGAGACCCUCGCGCCCUCUUGCCUAAUGCAACGCAUGCCUUCUGCAGGCCAGUACAACACUGACGCUUCCAAUAUCAGCAAUAGCAAUAGCAACAGCAACAGUGUCAGUCACCAUACUACUAACAGCUCUGUCUAUACAGAUCAAUGCUCGCCAAAAGUCGUUUGA